CCCCCGCUGCCAUGGCCUCCAGUCACAGUAGCCAAUCUGGUGAGGGAUGCAGCAGGCGAGAAGAGGAGGAUCUAUGCAGCUCUCCAGACAUGGUAGUCCUUCAGUUGCUGUGCCCUCUGUACCAAGAUAAGAAGAUGUCUAAACUGUUGCCAGUCCUGCUCAUGAAGUAUCAAAUGAAGGAGGCAAUCACCAAAGCAGAAAUGACACGCAGUGUGGAACACCGUCACCGACAGUCCUUCCCUCAGAUAUUUAAGGAUGUCUGUGAGUGCAUGAGUCUGGCCUUUGGCAUUGAUGUGAGGGAAUUGGACCCCGGUAGCAAAAUAUAUGUCCUUUUGCCUGUCUUGGGCCUCACUUAUAAUGGCAUACUGGGCGAGGAUUACCAGAGCAUGUCCAAAAUCAAUCUCCUGGUAGUCAUCCUCAUUGUCAUCUUCUUGAAGGGUAACCGUAUCAGUGAGGAGGAUGUAAAGGAAUUCCUGAGAACAAGGGAGAUGUUACCUCAGAGGGAGCGCUUUGUUAUUGGGGAUCCCUGGGAAUUCAUCACAAAGGAUUUGGUACAGGUACAAUAUCUGGAGUAUCGCCAGGUGCCCAAUAGUGAUCCCCCUCGCUAUGAGUUUCUGUGGGGUCGAAGGACCCAUAUUGAAACCAGCAAGAUGAAAGUCCUGGAGCAUUUAGCCAAGGUUAAUAAGAGAGAUCCCAGGUCCUACACACAUCUCUAUGAGGAGGCUUUGAGAGAGGAGUCAGAGGCUGCCCAUUCCUGAGAUAGGGGACAGUGAAGGGGCAAGGUUAGUGCCAGUGACAGGGAGUGUCCCUAACCUCAUCACUAUCUUAGUUCCCACCCCACGUGAAAUGAGUCCCAUCCUUCACUGUUUCUGGAUCGCACACAGUUUUCUAAGUAUUGAAGAGCCAGGUCAGGGUAA